ACAUACUUCCUCUAACCAUGGUUAAGUUUAUCAAGGCUGGUAAAGUUGUUGUUAUCUUGAAUGGCCGUUACGCCGGUAAGAAGGCCGUCGUUGUUCGUAACCACGAUGAAGGUACCAAGGACAGACCUUAUGGUUAUGCCGUUGUUGCUGGUAUUGAACGUACCCCUCUCAAGGUCACCAAGGCCAUGAACAAGAAGAAGGUUGCCAAGCGUUCUAAGGUCAAGCCUUUUGUUAAGAUCGUUAACUACAACCACAUGAUGCCCACUCGUUAUGGUUUGGAAUUGGAACAAAUCAAGGGUACUAUCUCUGCCGAAACCUUCAAGGAACCCACUCAACGUGAAGAAGCCAAGAAGGUUAUCAAGAAGCUCUUCGAAGAACGUUAUCAAACCGGCAAGAACAAGUGGUUCUUCAGCAAGCUUAGAUUCUAAUUGUCUCGUUAAACCCAAUCUAGCCUUUAUAACUUUAUCUUUUUCUCUUUUUUCAAUGCACUUUGCUUUUUCACGUUAUGAAAGAAAAGAAAAUUGAAUAAAAUCUUCUUUAUGCUCAAAGAUA